GCCGAUACUGUGUUUCAGGGUUGAGACCCUAAGGGUUACACACGACCCACAUGCGAAGAUAAAGCAGGAAGUUCUGGACCAUGUUCCCUCGUACAGUGGCCCAUCCCCGUGCAAGAGCAAGAUCGUGUCCACCAAUUCUACUGGUUGUGUGGUUAUGGCGUAAGCAGUAGACAGUUUCGGCGGAAUCCUUCAUUGAGGGGGAACGGGAGGGUAAUCAUGGAUCAUGUUAUGGUAGCCAGCCAGGCAGCGCUCAUAGAUCCAUCGUCACUCGACUACAAAGGGCACAGCACAUCAGCAUCAGCGUGAGCAUGUAAGUGUUGGAAGGUAUCAGCGAAAUUUCAUAGCAUACCUUUGCGGAAUAUCGGACACAUUCCAUCUACGUGCAGCUGGCCAUCUACCAAGUACCAUGUCUCAAUGGCACACAAUCAACAGCGGCUCCAAUAUGUUUCCCGCGGAGAAUCAGACGCCAAAUAUCAAGUCGGCCUCGAGCUCGACCUCGAACUCAAACUCAGCCGCUCAGGCCGGGCCCGACCCGGCCCAUGGUGAUGUUCCUGCCGAGACGUCGACGAGUGCCAAACGACUGGCCUGUAAUCAAUGCCGUGAAAGAAAAGUCCGCUGUGACAGACAGCAACCGCAAUGUAGCCGUUGUGCCAAAGUCGGCAGCAGCUGCCACUACUCGAGUCCUUCCAAGCAGACCAUUUCCAAGUCGGACCUCUCUCGGCUGUUGUUCACCAUGCAUAGCCGUCUCGAACACGCCGAGGCCAAGCUUGCCUUGGCACCCCCUCCACUCAGCAGCCCUCAAUACACCCUUCCGUGGAACGAUAUGAGCUACAUGGCGGCGGCAGCACAAGGGCAAGCGUCCGUGGUGUCAGCUUCCGAGUUGAAUUCAUCGAAUCUUGCUCAGAUCGGGCCGAGCAGCGCGGCUGCACCGGCGGCCAACGAAUGGUCCUACCGCGAGUUCCGCGGGGACUUCCACGAAGUCCACGAAGUCCCCUUCAGCGCCAUCGCACCCACAGCGUCGACUGACUUUUCCAUGGUGGGGUCGGGGAAUGUGACCCCUGCCAUCGACAGCAUGCUUGAAGUCCUUUCGAACUCAUCAUACGGCGAGGAGGAGAUGCAAACUACGUCCAAGCUACCCAACUCCUUUCUUCAGAAAUUAUAUGCCUCCUUCUUUGAUGUAUACCAUGCUUCCAUGCCCAUAGUCAAUCGGUCCAGGGUCCAUAGGGAGCUAGAGCAACGGCCAGAGUCGAUAGAGGUGCAGGCUCUAGCCCAUGCCAUCGGAGCCCUGGGCGCUCUUGCGGUGCCCGAACCUUCCUUUGCCGUGGAGACUUGCUACAACCAAGCCCGCAGCCUCGUUGAUAUAUGCGAAAGGCAGGAGGAUGGUGCCGUCUUGAGCAAGACCAAUCCACUGCAGACGUGCGUCUUGCUUUGCCUGUACGAAUUCCGCAGGCCCAACUUUGCCCGGGCCUGGAUCACACUCGGUCGGGCCAUUCGACUCGCAAAGAUAUCGCGCCUAGACAGUCUGGAUGAGUAUACGGAUCCCCCCGGGACGAUGCACUCGAGUUGCUUCGGACCCCCCUCUCCCGUGCUCAAUCCGGCCGACAUGGAAGAAAGACGACGCACGUUUUGGCAGCUUUACAUAUUGGACGGUUUCGCCGCCAUGAAGACCAACUUGGACCCGAGCUUUAACGAAGAACAGAUCCCCAUCCCGCUUCCCUGCCGCGACGAGCUCCACGAGGUGGCCGCAACCCCGGACAUGCCCACGUUACAGCAGGUAUUCCAACGAUCGGGAAACGCAGACUUGUCGUCGUUCGCGGGGAUUAUUAUCGUCAUCUCGCUGUACCGACGCUGCUUCCAACACAUCCAAGCCUGGCUUUCGGAGCCGUCGUAUGCGUUUUGGGAUAACUACUAUCAGAUCAACAAGCUGUUCUCUCAUUGCCAGAACGACAUACUAGCAUCCCAUUUGAGCGCGGGCGGACAGGAAUCCAGCGAUACUCUGAAUCUCGUCCUACGUAUGAACCUCGCCGCCGUCGAGAUCUACCUGCACGAGACGGCCAUCAGCAAGGUGGAGAGGGAGAAGCUCCCCCCGGCGCUCUCGGCCGACGCAGUGACUAGGCUCGAGUCGGCGGCCAAGAAGAUCACGGAAACGGUCCGGAAGGCGCGGGGGCUGACGGCGAAGGAAUUGGGCAUAUUUCAACAGUCGAGCCCUUUUCUCACUUGGGCUAUCACCAAGGCCAUCGAGGCGUAUCUGUGGUUGAUGCACCAGCCGCGAAACGACAGCAUGGCAAGGUGCGUUGAGCCCCUGCAGAUACUCUCGAGUUCCAUGAGGCUUAUGCUCCUCCCGGAGCAUAUUAGACCGGGGCUGCUUGAGCAGGUCGAUGCCAAGCUGGCUGAAACAGAACAACGGUCCACUAAGCGGAGGCACACCACCACAUACGGGUUUAACUUUUAGAGAGAAGGCGGCAUAUACAAAGAAAAUACAAUGAUACAGGCCUUGUAGAAAGAUAGACUACAAAAGACAUCAAUAGAUGGGCCCGCUACCUUGGACGGGCUUUCUUCCUUUGCCAAGUUCUAGCUCUAUCUAUUUUUUACCGUCCUUCGUCUGUUCCCAUCACCAUGCGCACUGGGAAUUCUCUUCACGCCAUUCCCUUCAUUCGUCUCCUGAUAUGGACACGAUGAAAAUCAUCAAUCAGCCCUCGGUAAUCCCGCGGGUACACCGGGAGAAACAAUUCCUCAACCAAAUUUCCCUUGCGCGGCGGGUCGACGCCCAGGUCGCCGAGAAGCGUGUCAAUGUACUAAGUUAUUAUCCAGAGUCAACCAAAAUGUGACUGAGAUAAAUACCCCAAAUUUGGGGCUACCGCCGUCCAGUGUGGAGAGGUGAAAACGGCAUAUGAAUGAGUUGGUUUACUCACCGAGAGGAAAUCAUAUAUAGCAU